UGACGGAUGGAUCGUAUGCUUUGUCCGCUCAGUGGCAAGCCAGCCUGUCAAACGCGAUGAAUUGUGGCCAGAUUCUAGGACUUUUCGCCAAUGGUAUCAUCUCUGAACGCUUCGGCUACCGAAAGACUAUGAUGUAUUCUCUAGUCGCUACAGUUGGGUUCAUUUUCAUUCUUUUCUUCGCCGAAAACGUUCAGACUCUUCUUGUGGGCGAGAUCCUAAUGGGGAUUCCGCUUGGUGUUUAUCAGACUCUCUCUGUUACCUAUGCCUCUGAAGUCUGCCCUGUCUCUCUUCGCGCAUAUUUAACAACCUAUGUCAACCUUUGCUGGGUGAUCGGUCAGUUAAUUGCGUCUGGUGUACUGAAAGGUCUUGCAAAUCGGGCCGAUCAAUGGGCAUAUCGUAUUCCAUUCGCUGUCCAAUGGGUAUGGCCUAUUCCUAUCUUUAUCGGUGUCUUCUUCGCGCCCGAGAGUCCCUGGUGGCUGGUUCGUAAAGGCCGUCGCGACGAUGCUGUUCUUUCUCUCAAACGUCUCACAUCAAAGAUCGACUCAGAUUUCAAUGCCGAAGAAACUGUCGCGAUGAUGGUCCAUACCAAUGAGCUAGAAAAGGAAAUUACGCUAGGAACAACUUACCUGGACUGCUUCCGUGGCAUCGAUUUCCAUCGCACCGAAGUUGCAUGUCUUAUUUGGGCAGCUCAGAAUCUGUGUGGCUCUGGCUUGAUGGCUUACUCAACGGUAUUUUACCAACGCGCCGGUCUGCCGGUAUCCGAGUCCUUCAAUAUGUCUCUCGGCCAAUAUGCUAUCGGUUUUUUUGGCACCGUAUUCUCUUGGUUUCUGAUGAUGCGUUUCGGUCGACGGACUCUGUACGUGGUGGGCCUCGCCAUUCUGACGGUGCUGCUCUUCGUGGUAGGCUUUAUCUCUAUCGCCCCCGAAACUAGCAGCACUGCUUGGGCCACUGGCUCCAUGUUACUCGUCUAUACCUUUUUCUAUGACUCCACCGUCGGCCCUGUCUGCUACUCGCUUGUGGCAGAAAUUCCUAGCACGCGUCUGCGAAUCAAGACUGUCGCACUUGCGCGAAAUUUGUACAACUGCUUUAGCAUUGUCAACGGUGUCAUUAUCCCGUAUAUGCUAAAUGUUGAUGCGUGGAACUGGCGUGGCAAGGCCGGCUUUUUUUGGGGAGGUCUUGCGCUACUCUGCUGGUUGUGGGCCUUUUGGCGUCUCCCUGAGCCAAAGGGUAGGACUUACGCAGAGAUGGACGCACUAUUCGAACGCAAGAUCCCCGCACGGAAGUUUGCGUCAACCAGAAUUGACCUAUUUCACGAAGAUCAGGCAGCUGAAACAACCGAUAUUAAGGCUUAAGGAGAAGAAGCUGUUAUUUUCCGCAGUGGGGAAGUGGAAAAAUGCGUAGACUGGCAGGUGAAGCCGUGGCCUUCAAAUGGAAAGGUGGGGACGCCAAAUGAUCUCUAGCUAAAUUAAAUCAAUCAAAAAUGUAGCUAGUCCUAUGUGUGCACCGAACAAAGAAGUAUGAG